AGCCGCACCUCAACAUGCAGCGAGACCCCAACUUCAUCGGCAAGCUCAUUAUGAGUCCCCGCAAUGAUGCAAUCAUUUGCCCCCUUUUAUUCUGGCUCCUAUCGAACUCCACUAUCGCGGUCGUUUCUCGGAGAAUCAUGGGAACGGAGGAUUCUGAAUGUAUCAUUUCGGUAAACAGCUUCCUGGAACGUGAUACAUCGCUUAGCUUGUCAGAACGUGGUAUACCGGAGAUUCGGGACUGUUGUUGACAUCCACGGAUUAAAUUGCUUACCUGAGAAAGGUGGUACAAGACCCUUAUCUUCUCGCAUCCCAUUCAGUCCAUCAGCCGGCACGUGAAUAAGCUCUUUCUCGCGAUGGUCUUCUCAAUAUCCAAAUGGCGGAGACGGAGCCGUGCAAGCAAAGCCAACCCCAACUCUACUCAAUUCCAACAUGGCGAUGUCGAAGCUUCUCAGUCAAACACUCAAUCAGCUUUAUUGCUAUAUGCAGUGCGCCAACCUUACGAAUUUGUCACCGAUCACCCGAUACCAACCUCGAAACGCGAUACCGAACUGCUGGUCAAAGUUCUCGCUAUAGGGCUCAACCCAAUAGACUGGAAGGCACCUGAUUUUAACUUCGGUAUCCCGACACUGCCUUACAUAGCUGGUCGUGAGUUCACCGGUACCGUCGUGCAAGCGGCCUCACGUACGAAUUCUCGCAUACGUCAAGGCGAUAUUGUCAUUGUUCCCUCUACCGACUACCGCGAUCUUCGUAAAGCCGCGUUCCAAGAAUAUAGCAUAGCGUCGUCCUUUAACACUAUUCGCCUUCCUCGCAACAUUUCCACACAGGCCGGAUCGAUACUGGGCGUAGCAUUUGUGGCGGCAGCUCUUGCUUUGGGAAUCUGCAUGGGCGUCAGUUUUGAAGACAUCGAAGGCGGGCCAAAUCUGCUCAAGCUCGUUAGGAGUAUCGAUCCCGAGAAUCUCCCAGCGGAUAUACGCAAAGAAUGUCUCGAAGGAAUUAGGGACGACGAACGAGCUCAGAAAGGCGACUUUCUCGUCAUCUGGGGCGGCAGCUCGACGUGCGCAUACACCAUGAAACAACUUGCGCGCCUUGCUGGUCUUCGAAACAUCUCCGUUGUGGAUUCUAGCAAGCACGGUUUGCGUCUGUCAUCCCGCGAUCAUAUUCGGCCUGAUCUGCUCGUAGAUGCACACGACCCUGAACGCGCAAUCAGCAUCAUCAAGUCGGCAACCAAUAACAGCGCCCGCUUUGGCUUUGACACACAAGGCAAGGAGACAGCCUCGCAACUCCUCCGCUCGCUCGCCUCUCUUCAUUGCUUCCCUAAUCAUCCGGAAGAAUAUUCAACCUCGAAGUUGAACUCCAAGCUCCCUACUCCACCAUCUACACCUGCAGAAGCAAACCCCUCUGCUCCACGCUCCCAUCUGGUCGGCCUAACCGGACUCCCCAAGGGAAAUGUCCCUGAAGACGUGGCUCUACACAGCGUUCCGAUUAAGCUCUUCCACGAGAUUCCCGAGGUAGGCGAAGCGCUUUGCAGCUGGGCUGAGAGAUUACUGGUAAAGGGACUCUUGGUGCCGCCGGAUGUUUUGGGAACGGUGGACGGGCUUGGAGGGAUCAACGCGGGAUUGGACAGAUUGAGGAAGAGGGAGGUUAGUGGUGGAAGGCUGGUUGCUGUUCUGCGGUAGAAGAC